CCAACAACUCACACCAUGAAGGAGGAGAAUUUCUUACGGCGCAGGUUUUCCCUCUGUCCACCUUCCUCCACCCCUCAGAAAAUCGAUCCUCGGAAACUGACCAGGAACCUGUUCUUUAGCGGAGACCAUGAAAUCUACCCUCUCAGUCCAGGGAAAGAUGUGGAAGCCAGCAAUGGCGUUUCCCUGAUGAAAGAUGAAGUGCCUCAGACGCCCGUCUCCAUGCCCAAAUCCCUGCAGACUAAUGACUACAGAUUUUGCAAUGGAUCUGACAGGGAAUCCUUGUCACCAACAGCCAAAGUCAUCAAGAAAGAGACUCUCAAGGUCCAAAAGAGGAACUAUCGGCAGGAGAAGAAACGGGCCACCCAGCAGCUCUUCAGUGCCCUGAAGGACCCUGGUGUGGUCAUCAUGGCGGACUGGCUAAAGAUCCGGGGGACCCUGAAGAGCUGGACCAAGCUGUGGUGCAUCCUGAAGCCGGGCGUGCUCCUGGUCUACAAGACGCCCAAAGUGGGCCAAUGGGUGGGCACCAUUCUCCUCCACUCCUGCGAGCUCAUCGAGCGGCCCUCCAAGAAGGACGGCUUCUGCUUUAAGCUCUUCCACCCCCUGGACCAGUCCAUCUGGGCCAUGAAGGGCCCAAAAGGCGAGAACGUGGGCUCCAUCACCCAGCCCCUCCCCAGCAGCUACUUGAUCUUCAGAGCACCCUCAGAGUCUGACGGCCGCUGCUGGCUCGAUGCCUUGGAGCUGGCUCUGCGCUGCUCGAGCCUCUUCCGGCUCAGCACCUCCAAACAGGGGAAGGACGGAGAACUGGCUGGCCAACUGGACUCUCUCCAUAUGCCCCUGGAUGGGCUGCUGCACGGUGGUACCAUCUCAGACCAGGAUCUCUUCCACCUGAACGAGGGCUCCCUGGAGAACCAUCAGCUGGAGCACGACGCCUUCUCAGACAGGUCGGAGAAAGACACCAUCGAGGAGUCGGAGAACGACACCCGGGACAACAGCCGCAAGACCAACGACAGCGAGAGCGACCAGUCCGAGACCCCCGGCGAGCUCGGCCAGGAGAAGAAGGGCACGACGUACAUCGAGCAAAUCUACGAAGAGUUUGGGGAGACGGGAGAAUCGUCCCAGACCGAGACCGUGUCGGACGAAAACAAGAGCCUGAUCUGGAUCCUCCUGAAGCAGCUGCGGCCGGGGAUGGACCUGUCUCGAGUGGUGCUGCCCACCUUCAUCCUGGAGCCCCGCUCCUUCCUGAACAAGCUCUCCGAUUACUACUACCACGCAGACCUGCUGUCCCAAGCCGUCCUGGAAGAAGAUCCCUUCAGUCGUAUGAAGCAAGUCGUGAGGUGGUAUCUGUCCGGCUUCUACAAGAAACCAAAGGGAAUCAAGAAGCCCUACAAUCCCAUCCUAGGAGAGACCUUCCGCUGCUGCUGGUAUCACCCACAGACCAACAGCCACACCUUCUACAUCGCCGAACAGGUCUCCCACCAUCCCCCCGUGUCUGCUUUCCACGUCAGCAAUAGGAAGGACGGCUUCUGCAUCACCGGGAGCAUCCUGGCCAAAUCUAAAUUCUAUGGAAAUUCUCUUUCUGCCUUACUUGAGGGCAAAGCCACGCUGACAUUCCUAAGCAGAGGCGAAGAAUACAUAAUCACGAUGCCCUACGCACACUGCAAAGGAAUUCUGUACGGCACCAUGACCAUGGAGCUCGGGGGGAAGGUGACCAUCGAGUGUGAGAAGAACAACUACCAAGCAGAACUGGAGUUUAAGCUCAAACCCUUCUUCGGAGGCAGCUCCGGCCUUAACCAAAUCUCCGGCAAGAUUAAGUCGGGAGAAGACGUAGUAGCCAGCCUCGAGGGACACUGGGACCGGGAGGUGUACAUCAGCGACCCAAAGAACAGCAGCCCUGACGUCUUCUGGAACCCAACGGCAGAGAUCCGCAGGCAGAGGCUGAAGCGCCACAUCGUGCUGUUCGAGGAGCAAACGGAGCUGGAGUCGGAGAGACUGUGGCAGCACGUGACGAGCGCCAUCAACAAGGGCGACCAGCUGAAGGCGACGCAGGAGAAGUUCGUGCUGGAGGAGGAGCAGCGGCGACGGGCCCGGGAGAGGCAGGAGGCCCUGCUCGACUGGAAGCCGCGGCUCUUCCUGCAGGACCCCGGCUCGCACGAAUGGCGCUACAGACACGAGGACCUCCGGCCUUGGGACCCUUUAUCGGACAUCGCCCAGUUUGAGCAGGACGGCAGACUGCAGACGAUGGGACGGCGCGCGCCUCUGAGGCUGACCGCUCACCCGGCCGUGUUCAGCAGCCAAGCGGCCCGGCACAAGAGGUCGGGAAAAGACUGCCGGCACCGAAAAGCCAGUGACCAGCCCUCCAACCACAGCCAGAAUACGGAGAGUAGUUGUUCCACCCCAGAGUCUGUGCAGGACCUGUCCGACGAUGAAGGGGAUGCAGAUUGUGAAAGCUCCUGUGCCCGAUGUGGGAAGGAGAGCCAGCAUCUGAAGGACAUUCAUACCGCAGUGCUGUCCCUACAGAAGGCCCAACAGGACAUACACAGGAACCUCACGGCCCUAAACAAAAAGUCUUUGUGCAGGCGGACGCCAGGAAGCUUUCUCCAAACCUCACGCUGCUGGUUUCUACUCUGCGUGUUUCUGACGUGUCAGCUGUUCAUUAACUAUGUCUUGAAAUAAAAGCACUCUAGGGGCAGCAGCCCAUGAGCCUCCCACUGCCCCCACCCCCAGGAGCCCUCCAGGGAAGGCCAAGCAGCCAGGCCUGAGGCCCUGGGCACCACUCGUGGCCAGCUGCUGCCCUUCUGAGUGGGCACAGCUUCAGGACCUUAUUACCCAUGUGGGCCUUAAUCGCUGAAGCCAAAUGUAGCUUAUUUGUGCACUUUGUUUCCUAAGGUGGCUUGUCCUCAUCCAUCCACCCAUCCAUCCAUCUAUUCACUUUUCCGUCCGUCCAUCCAUCCGUCCACCCAUUGCAUGUGAUUAGCUCCCAAGCACUACUGCUGUCCAGCCUCGGCGUACAUGGCCUGUUGCCAGGCUCCAGCCAGAACUUGGGGCAGCGGAGAGGAGGGAAGGAAAGAGGGACAGUAGAAGGCCUGGCACGAGGGUGGCCCCAAGGCUGAAUGCGUCCUGCCAGCCAUUCUUUCCUCCAUCCUUUCUCCAUUCAUGAGGGAUAACCAUUUCAGGAAAUGCAGGGGUGCCUCAGGUCCAGCCAGCUGCUGUAGAUCUUUUAAGCAUAGUGAAGGUGAUGCCCAGGGCAUCCCUUGGCAGGAAACCAAGACUUGAGACCCCAGAUGGAGAAGAGGCUCCAAGCUGGCAUCCAAGCUCAGGGUUAGUCUGUCUCGUCAAGACUCGAGCUCUGAUGCCUGCCCAUUUGGGCACGAGUGGCCGGUGGAUGGGCAGAUCCUCAGGCUGGAGGGUCAUGGAGUCACAGGAGGGUGGCCACCACUUUCUACCCCCUAAGAAUUGUGUUUUCUAUCAUUUAACAAAAAUGAGUGGCUAUUCCUGUGUUCUGUAGAGGGCACUGUUUUGCGUGCCCUUGCUCAGGCCGAGGGGCAAGCCUUGCUAGGAGGGGAAGGAGGGGGUGGGGUGGGGUGUGAGUGUGAGCACUUGCGAGUGAGCCAGUGUGUCUGUGUCUGUCUGUCCAUCCGCACGCAUACUUGCUCAGCCCCAGCAGUCCUCGGUGGUGCCCGUCCCCAGGCCAGCCUGCCUCACCCUCAAUUAAGACUGUUGGCAUUUCACGUCUGUCCUGCGUCUCCUGCCUUUGGGGAAACUCGUUUCUGCUUGAUAACAGUGAAAUAAAAUGACCUACCACCUUC